AUGACGCGCCAUCGGCAUCUGGCGCUGCACCUUGCCGCCGCCCUGGCACUGCUGGCCGCGGUACUCCCGGGGGCCCGCGUCGCGGCGGUCGAGGACCUCGAGGCCGAGGACGUGCCGCCCGAAUGUGUGGCGGCGUGCACCCCCAUCGUGCAACUCACGGGGCGCUGCGAGGCGCAGGCGGAGCAACGGUUCGGGACGGACCGGCGGCGGGCGGCGGUAGGCGGUCCGGAACGGGAGGCGAGAAGAAUGAGGAAAAAGAGGAGGUCUCUGCAGAGGACGCUGGGGAAGCGGCUGGGACGGAGGCAGAGGGAAGAAGAUGAUGAUGAUGAUGAUGUCGAAGACGGGGACGAGGAGGAUGAUAGCGACGACGACGAGGAGGGGGCCGCGGCGCGAACGCAGCCUGCUCCCGGAAGGCUCGCCGAGACGGAACGGAGCAAGGCGGCGGACGAGGCGGGGGAAGACGCGGCGAUGAGGGCUUGCGUCUGCGGGGAGCGCGGGUUCGACGUCGCCGGCGCGGCGUUCGGGUGCGCGGCCUGCGUUGCGCGGAACGGGACGGCCGUCGAGGCCAACGAGGACAUCCGGCAGGUUAUCGCCGAGUGUGGCUUCGUCGCCGCGCCGGCUCCUCCGGUGCUGGUGACGACGACGACACCACCGGUCCUCGUGCCUGCGACCAGCACCUUGCCGCCUCCGGUGUUGGCCCCGGGCGAGCCGUCUACGCUCAGUUCAUCGACGUCUACAUCGACAACGACACCGCCGCUUUCACCGUCGCAGGUGGAUGCACCCCCGUCCACGCAGUCUACCUCGAUGCCUCCGCCGGCGCCCCCGGCUACCCAAACUCCUUCGGUCCCCACGACGCCGUCCCAGCCGGUAGAGGCGUCUUCGACGCAAAGUGCCGAAUCGGUUACGCCCGUCACCGUGUUCGAGACGCCCACGUUCGUGACGCUGCCGUCCAUCGUCCCGCCGAACGACGCCCCGGCCUCUCCGCCGGACCUAGACGACGGGAACCAGAUGAGUAACGGCGCGAGGGUGGUGGGCGUGCUCGGUAGGAGGGCCGUCUUGGUGGCGAUUGUUGUCUUUCUUUUGAGUUGA